UGAGUAACUGGCUCGGUUGGAUAAGUCAAUUUUUGAAAAUAAAAUUACACACGUUAAGCAAAUAUUGAUAAUCGUUUAGAGUUAAUUUCGUGUAUUGACAUUAGUGCUCUCGUGUUUUUACCACAUUCCAUCUGUCAUUUGUCAAAACCUCCGUCACCGUUCAAAUAACAAAAUACGAUUAACAAAUUGCUGGGACGGUGUUGUGCACGGAUAAUUUAUGGUAAUACGAUUGUGGUCCAAUUUAAAAUGAAUUCGUUACGACAGAACCCGCGUACGCCUAAAAAAACACCCAUUACGGAUGAUUACGACAUAACAAAACGGGUGUUAGGUUUAGGGAUAAAUGGAAAAGUGGUGGAGUGUUCGUCGAAGGCGACCGGAGAGAAAUACGCGUUGAAGAUACUGGUUGACAGUGUCAAGGCCCGAAGGGAGAUGGAACUGCACUGGCAGGCGAGUGGUUGCAUUCACAUCGUAAACAUAAUCGACGUGUAUUCAAAUAAAUACAACAACAACAGCUGUUUACUGAUGGUCAUGGAAUGUAUGGAAGGUGGGGAACUAUUCCAAAGAAUACAGGAUCAACCAGAAGGCGCGUUCACUGAAAGGGAGGCGGCGCAGGUGAUGCACGAGAUAUGCAUUGCAGUGAAAUACUUGCACGAUUUGAACAUUGCACACAGAGAUCUGAAGCCGGAGAAUUUGCUGUAUUCAAGAAAGGAUACUCACGGUGUACUUAAACUGACCGACUUCGGAUUUGCCAAAGAGACCAGUGUUCAAAACACAUUACAGACACCAUGCUAUACACCUUAUUAUGUUGCGCCAGAAGUUCUGGGCCCCGAAAAAUACGACAAGAGCUGUGAUAUUUGGUCCUUGGGUGUGAUAAUGUACAUCCUUUUGUGUGGUUAUCCGCCGUUCUACAGCAACCACGGCCUAGCGAUCUCCCCGGGCAUGAAGACCAGGAUCCGCAUGGGCCAGUACACGUUCCCCGAUCCGGAAUGGAAGAACGUCAGCGAGGACGCCAAGGAACUGAUCAACGGCAUGCUGAACGUCGAUCCGGCCAAGCGGCUGACCAUCGAACAAGUCAUGCACAACAGAUGGAUCGCUCAAUACACGGCGGUGCCGCAGACCCCGCUGCACACGAACAAGAUGCUGAAGGAGGGCGUGGAGACGUGGCCGGAGGUGCAGGAGGAGAUGACCCGUUCGUUGGCCACGAUGCGCGUCGACUACGAUCAGGUGCAGAUCAAAACGUUGGAGAACUCGAGCAAUCCCCUGUUGAACAAGCGCCGCAAAAAGGCCGGCGCCGUCAAGUCAUAAUUGUUUGUUAGGUGGUUGCUGUUCUUUAUUUGCGGCGGCAGCCGCAGCUGGGGUUCGUGCCACAAGUAAAGAACGGCAACUACGUCUUAUACACACUAUUUUUUUUUUUAGUUUUAAAUUUAUCUGAACAAAUGUGUUUGUAUAUAAAAGCUCAAUUAUUGCGAUUUUUGCCAGUACUUCUCGAAAUUUAUUGAAUUUGUGCUUUAUUGUAAUGUUUUAAUUACAUACUAAAUUUUUUAUAGAAUGUUGGUGCAAUUCACGUGUUUGUUAUACAUAGUUUUUUUCGUAUUGUUUCUUAUACUGCAUUUUAUUGUGUAGAAAAUUAUUUGAUUAGCAUAAUUUUAUUAGUAUACAUCACGUCUUUAUUCAAAAGAAUCUAAACGUCAUGGCUUGUGGAGCCAUAUUUAGUUUUAUAGACCUAUAAGAUUUACGAUGAAAUCACUGAAAUCUGACAACUCAUAUCAUAAUGUUUUUCUUUUUUUGGACCAACAGGAUGCAUCAUCCUACACUUUGACAAAAUAUUAAGACUAUUUUCAGUGACUUCAUGGAUAUUUUUUAGUUGCACGUUGUUUGUUCUGGAUUGGCCCUUUAAUUAGAUCUCCCGGCUUCAUUUGAUGUGUCUGAUCUCCUUUUUACUGUUGUGUUUUGGUACCACCUUGAUGGAUAAAUUAAUUGGCCAACUCCAGACUUGAUUGAAAAUUCUACUUAAACUAAUGAAGUAUUAAAAAUUAUAAAUUAUGUACUUUUUAUUUAUUGUUUCAUAAAGUUUAACUUAAUAUUAAGAAUAGUGCCUUCAUAAAUAGACUUAAACCAAGACUAAAGAUUAAAUCAUAAUAAUAUAAAUAAACUAGAAGUCGAAAGUGGUUAAUAAUUAAUCAUUUCGCCUUCAACAUCUUAGAAAAUGUCUGUAUUUGUACGUCAGUGUAAAAAUACAAACAUUUCGUAGACUGUAUUAAGUACUUUUUUUCAUUCUUAUAUUCCUCAUUAACACUAGAACAAUAAAUCACGUACUGAUGUCCGAAAUGUAUAUGAAAUCGUAGAUUUUGGCUGCAUUGGAGGACAAAAAAUUGUGCUUAAAUUAGUUUUAUAGCCCGCAGUGUUAUUAGUGCAAUACAAAUUCAAAAGUUGCUUUACUUCCUCAAAUUUAUCGGUCAGAGAACAAAUUUUUUGGACAAGUAAUGUUAGAUUAAUUGCGUACUUCGGCACAGUUCCAUUUUAGUUUGUUUCACAAAAAAAAAAAAAACUAAAAGGGAUACAUUUACGUAAAUGUAUGUGUUUUAAUUUUGUAAUAUACAUAAUUUUAAUUAUAGUUAUGUGAUAAAAAAUAUAUUUAAGAUUGAACUUA